UAUCCCGGAACACGGAAGUAAGAAAACCUUCCGUAGAGUUUUUUUUUUUCCUUACACCCGGAAGAAGGUCUUCCUGGCUUAGAAGAUCCAAACCAAGGAAUAGAAGACUUUGGAAGUGGAAUAUAUUAGAUUAGAUUAAAUACGCCCGAGAGGGAGGCUGAAUAGUUAUGGCAGCCAACGGGACCAACCUACAGAAAGCUAUUGACCUGGCCAGCAAGGCAUCUCAAGAAGACAAAGCAGGGAAUUAUGAAGAAGCACUUCGUUUAUAUCAGCAUUCUGUGCAGUACUUUCUCCAUGUGGUGAAAUAUGAUGCUCAGGGUGAAAAGGCUAAACAGAGUAUCAGAGCAAAGUGCAUAGAAUACCUGGACAGAGCAGAACAGCUGAAGGCCUACCUCAAGAAAAAAGAAAAUGCUCCUGCUAAACCUGUGAAAGAAGGAGGGCCACGUCCUGAUGACAAGGGGAAUGAGAGUGAUGAAGGGGACUCAGAAGAUCCAGAAAAGAAGAAGCUACAGACCCAGCUUCAAGGUGCAAUUGUCAUGGAGAAACCAGAUGUAAAGUGGAGUGAUGUUGCUGGUCUUGAAGGUGCAAAGGAGGCACUGAAGGAAGCUGUGAUUUUACCAAUAAAGUUCCCGCACUUGUUCACAGGCAAGAGAACUCCUUGGCGAGGAAUCCUUCUGUUUGGACCCCCUGGGACAGGAAAAUCCUAUUUGGCUAAGGCUGUUGCUACAGAAGCUAACAACUCUACAUUCUUUUCAAUAUCAUCUUCUGAUCUUGUGUCAAAAUGGUUAGGUGAGAGUGAAAAGCUGGUCAAGAAUCUGUUUCAUCUUGCCAGAGAACACAAGCCUUCUAUCAUUUUCAUUGAUGAAAUUGAUUCAUUGUGUGGAUCAAGAAGCGAAAAUGAAAGUGAAGCUGCUCGUAGAAUCAAAACAGAAUUUCUGGUCCAAAUGCAAGGUGUAGGAGUUGAUAAUGAUGGCAUACUGGUUCUGGGAGCUACAAAUAUUCCUUGGGUGUUAGAUUCUGCCAUCCGGAGAAGGUUUGAAAAACGAAUUUACAUCCCUCUGCCAGAAGAGCAUGCUCGAGCUAGUAUGUUCAAACUUCAUCUGGGAACAACGCUACAUAGCCUCUCAGAAGCAGACUUCCGGGAGCUUGGAAAAAGGACCAGUGGAUACUCUGGUGCUGAUGUCAGCAUUAUUGUGCGAGAUGCCCUAAUGCAGCCAGUUAGGAAGGUUCAAUCCGCCACUCAUUUCAAGAAGGUACGUGGAAAAUCUCCUCUGGACCCAAACAUUAUUCGGGAUGAUCUCCUAACACCGUGUUCUCCUGGUGAUCCAAAUGCUACAGAGAUGACUUGGAUGGAUGUACCAGGAGAUACAUUACUGGAGCCCGUUGUAUGCAUGGCUGAUAUGCUGAGGUCUUUGGCCCAAACUAAACCUACUGUUAAUGACCAGGACUUGAUAAAAUUAAAGAAAUUCACGGACGACUUUGGGCAGGAAGGUUAAAAAUAGGGGGUAAAGGAAUGCUCCGCAACUUUCCCUGAUCAUCUUUGUUCUGUAUGUAUUCUUGCCUUGUGUAAAUGGCAUACCAAAAAAUAGUAAAUGCCAAGAAACCUGAACUCUUAAACCAAGGUAGAAGAACAUCUUAAAGUUUAUUGAAUUCUUGUAUUAUAAAUCUGUAUUCUAGCUCCUACUGUAAAUUCUUUAGUGCAAACCCUAGAAGUUGCCAUUCAUUGAUGAUAAACCUAUGCCAAUCAAUUCUUAGUGAUGUGCUUAUGAAUUUUUGGGUUUCAGUUAAUACAGAAUUGAUUUGAACAACAUAAUGCUUUAAUAUGAAUACUGAUCUUUUGGCUACUGGUAAGAUCUGACAAAUGUAAGUGCACUGCUGAUGCAUGCUUUAUGAAAUAACUGUUUACACGGAUAAACAGAUGGAAAGAAAAAUGUUGGAAUUAUAAGUGGCAUGACCCCUAGUUGCCAACAUAACACAUUUUUGCUGUGCUCUGCAGUUUACAAGUUAUCCUACCGUUUAAACAAGAAAUGUAUAUUUUAGUCCUUAAUCUCCAAAUAAAAGUUUUUUUUGUUUGUUUUAAAUGAAAAAAUACCAUUUAUAUUGGCUAUAUAUCUUUUCCAAAUAAAAGAAAACUAACUUCAUAUAGGACAUACUCUCACGUGGAUUGCAAUGUUGUAUAUUUUGUACAUUAUAUUGGGUUUUUAAACAGAGGGAUUCCGCUAAGGACAUGCCAAUGUAUUAUGUGUAUUUAAAUUAUGUUUUUUGUUUCCCCCAAAGUCUCUGAAAGAAAAUAUAAAAAUGAGGCCAAACAAAACUAACAUUAAAAUACCCAUAAUCACCUACCCCCCAAGGAGAACAUAAUUUGCAUUUUACAGCAUAUACAAUAGAUCUGAAGACGCUUUGUAUUAUUGGAUUAUGUUCUAUAACUGAAUGUACACGCCUCCUGUAAGAAUUUGUGCCUUGUAGAUAUUCAGAAUGCAAUACAUUCCAUGAUCUGCUGAAAUAAAGUUGAUUGGUCUGUUUUGUUAGCACUCUGCUUUGUGUUGAUGAAGGCAUUGAACUUGUCAAGAGUGGCAUUAUUUCAGGUUUUCUGUGCUACCCAUUUUUGGCACUUUUGGGUUGGGCUUCUUGGUUUCUUUUGAUGUACUGUUUGUAAAAUCAUAGAACUGCUGAAACGUCUCCUGUCAACUUAAAUGUGUAUUCAUUACAGGAAAUGUGUUUUAUAUAUUUGUUCUGGUAAUGUACCUUUUUUUUUUGUGCCAUGCCCAUUAAACAGUGUACUAAAAGCUA